AUGCAGAAGUUGAAUCUCGAGCCCUAGAAGAUCCUAUCGUAGGUUUUUCCGAACGUGCAAAACUACCUUCGCGACUUGAUACCAAAAUUUCCCCCUCUAGCUUUAAGGUGAAGAAAAGAAAGCUAGAGGCAACGUCGAGUAGAUCACGUCGAGAUCUUCUAGGUCUGAUGAGCAGCUCCUCCUCGAUUUUAAGCAGAAAAUAGCACCGAAAUAGGUAUUUCUAAACGUCACGGUGCAUCGAGGUUGCCUGACCGGAUGUCUGCAGUAGGGACGGCGAAGCGAGUGCCACCGUACGCUGUUCUUUAUCUAAUCCCGGUUUGGACUUAUGGGUCAGGGCUUGGGCAUAAUGAAGAGGUCAGCUUCCUUUUCAAAAUCUGGCCUUGUGUUGUCUGUGCUCGCGUAUUUCGUCCAUGCGGGCGCUAGUCCCACCUUGGGUGAGACUAUUCAUAAGAAAGUCGCAUAUCGAAGGCGCAAGACGCGACCAUGGGCGAUUUCCGCUCUGUUUCCUUCUAAAUUAUUUAAAACACUUGGAGGUUUCCUGAUAAAAUUCUUUUUAAAUGGUAUGAUGCUGAUGCUGGUGAAGGUUGGCGGGUGGCCUCAAAAUUGUGGGAAAAGACAACAGAUGAUCUUCCUAAAUAGCUUCGGUUUUGCUUUUGUUGUCAUUGUGAUAUGUCACAUCAACAAGUCUCCAAGUUCAUGUAAUGACACCCCCCUCUCGUUGUUUGCGCUUGCUUUUACUUAAGUACCUAUGCAUAUGUUAAUUUAUGGCCAAUGAAUGAUCAUGUGUGCGGU